AUGGCACCGCUGAUCCAAGGGAAAUUAAUAAUUACUGAUUCGGUUAUUAAUGUAACUAAAGUUCGACAAAUAUGGGAAAAUAUGAUCAAUAAUCAGCAGCUGCCGCCUGAUUUAGCUUUGUGUCCACUCGGUUUUAACGGAUUGUUUCUGACAUCGUCAUACCUAAUUAAUAUAACAAAGACUCUAAAAGAUUUUAAUAUCGUAAGCAGUUGCAUCGAAGAAAAUGGAUCACAUUCUGGUAGUAUCAAUACGCCCUCUCAUGGGAAUGGUGGUGGUAAUCAUAACUUAAUGGCUAUUUUCGCCUUCUACAGCAUGUUAGGGAAGCUAUCGUUAGGGCUUCGCGUUAUUUCAAUAGCUAGCUUAUUAUUGACAGUAACGACAUUACUGUCUUUCAGGAAACUACGUGAGCGGCAAAGUAACAUUAUUAUAUCCUUAUUGUCAUUUAAUAAAAUCUGCAGAUAUGUAUUUAAAAUAAUAAAAGUAUACGUUCCUGGUUCAAUUAUCGUUUGUAAAAUUGUAAUGGCAGUGGAUCACUACUUUAGUAUGUCAACAGUUUUAUGGAUGACUAUAUUGGCUAUUCGAUUAUAUUAUGAACUAAUUGGAGUUUACUCAGCAAUUCAUCGGAUGUCUUUAUCAACUGAAAAAGUGAUAUUUAUUGCUGGCAGUUUUGCAUGGGGUGUUCCACUAAUUGUAAUCACUGUUGGGUUGCUGUUAAAUUCUGGUCAGUACGGAAUGAUGUAUCAUAGAAGUUGUGCAACGCAUUCUAAAUGGAUUACGGCAACCUACGUUUAUCCCAUGUUCGUGUUGGUGGGCAUCAACGUUCUCAUUUUCAUUACGAUUUGUUUCAAAGUCUGGAAAUUGUCAAAAGAGCGAAAUAUACCCAUGACGUUCUCUCGCUUUUAUUCUAUAAUUGGAUUGAUGUCUUUAUUUGGGUUGACAUGGCUGGUUGGCAUAUUGGCCUUCUUUGAUACCAGUCUUUGGCGUAAUUUAUCGCAUCUUCUAUUCGCUAUUCUGGCUGGUUCCCAGGGAUUUCUGAUAUUUGUCUUUUAUUGUGUGGUUAAAAGAGAAGUUCGUAAUUGCUGGGCUAAAACAUUUUUCAAACAAAUUGAUAAAAAUACCUUUACAAUGUCAAAUAGAUCGGGCACUGAUACAAAUCUUCAAUCUUUGAGCUCAAAAUCUAAGCUUAGCAAAAAUAAUGCCGUCCAUCCCUCACCUAAUGGUCAUUUUACAUUUUAG